AUUUAAUAAAAAAUGUUUAUCAUUUUAUUGAUUGUUCUUACACUAACAGAAGCUAAAUAAAUAACUUAAACCUUUACCAUGAAAUAGCUUUAAAAAUAAAUAUACAUCCCAAUCAAUAGAUUUGGCAGCAGAGGAAUAGUUAAUUAUAAAAUAUUGUAAAUUGAAUUAUUUUAUUCUAGAGCUCGAAUCAUAAAACCCCCAAAAGAUUACGAAAAUAGAUUAUUUGAUAUUGAAAUAGAUUUUUUCCAAUAAGACAGUUGGUAAUUGGCAUAAUAAAGAGUGGAUGAAUGUAGUAGACAAUAAGAUGCAAAUAAAAUAGUACAUCAAUAAAUAGAAGCAAGUUCAGAUUAAAAAAUGUCAAUGUAAGAAGGAUAAUUGACAUAUGGAUAACAUCAUAAUGUUUGGCUUGCUGUUUUAAAUAAUUGUUAACAUACUAUUGAUAAAGUAAUAAGGCUCAACAAUAAAAACACGAAAUUAGAAAUCACUGUUUGGUUUUAUGAUGAGGGAGGAAAAGAAUUCUCUUUAGAAGAAGAGGGAAUAUUUAGUGUAGUGACCAUUUUAACAGUAUUUACAAUAAUAGGAUUUAUUUAUAAUUAUAGUAUAUUUAAAUCAGAAUUAAAAAAAUAUGGAGAAUGGGAUUAUGCUUUUUUAUUUGUUUUAAUUGUAAUUGGUUUAGAAGCAACUCAAAAUUUAUUUAAUUUUAUGCAUUUAGUAGUCUACAAUAUAAAUGGAAAAGGAAUGAGUGCUUUUUCAACAAUUUCUGAAAUUAUCUAAGUGGUUGAUAAUUAUCUUCUUAUGGUUUUACUAAUUUUAUUUGCAUGGGGUUGGUCAAUAGAAUUUUUUGAUAUGGAAGAUUGGGAUAUUUAUAUACCAUUAGCAUUUUUGAUAGCAUUUGCUUAAGCAUUAAUCGUUGGAUUGGGAAGAUUAGUGAGCAAGCAAACAGAUUAUCAUAUUUAUGAAAGUUGGGUAGGUUAUAUUAUCAGUUUAAUUUAUAUUUCUCUUGCUAUAUACUUUUAUUAUUAUACAAAUUAAAGAAAAAAAAAAGGAGAUUAAAUUGAAAACUUUUAUUUCCAAUUGAAACUUUAUGGGAUGUUUUUUUUUCUAGCAUUUCCCUUAUUGUUAUUUGUUUCUAAAUUAGUAGAUCCAUAUAAAUCUUACACAAUAAUCAUCAUGGGGAAUAUGUUUGCUCGUAUUUUAAAUAUGAUUCUAAUGUCAAGAUUAUUUACUGGUAAAUCUUCUGAAUAUCGAAAAAUUUGUAUUAAAGGGAAAUCCUUUUUAGAUAGAGGAAAGUUAUUAUGAG